UCUGAGGUCCUGUCAAGCGAUAACAUUUCUGAUAAAGAACUGAGAUCACUGCAAACUAAUCCUCCUUUUUUCCAUCCAGACUCAGGCGUUUUAAAAUAUUAUACACAGUCACCCUGAUUCCACGUGCACAGGCGAGAUUUGAAAUCGUGUAUCCCCUGUAACAAAAAAAAUGUAUAAUAGCCUACCCCGAGAUCAACAAACAAACAACACAAAGACGGUUCAUGGCUUACGCCAAAGCUCCACCAUCUUUUAGACUGCAAAGACUAUUGCAAUUUAAUCAACAGUGGGGUGUGAUUGCAGAGAGAGAAGCGUUGUGAUGUGUGCUGCAGUGGAACCCAGGACUGCUAUGACCUGUGACCUCUGAAGAGACACGUGGAAGAAGAGAGACAACUUUUACAAACUUCAGAAAGACCCUGCCGCCAACAACAACAAGACCAAAGAAAAGACAAUGGAAUAAAUGAAUCUCCAGCAUGGACGUGGAAUUAAGGAUACCUCAGUCAAGAAGCAGGGACCCUGGAUGUUGAUCCUACUCUGAUAAUCUUUCUCCCUGUGGAAUCUGUGCUGAUAAUGCGCUAACCCAAUGCUCAGCAGAGAUAUGGUGAGGAAAAAGAACCCCCCUUUGAGAAGCUUCGGCGGUGAGGAAGAAGGAGAAGGUGAGGCUCUGGCCGCGGAGGCCACCGGGCCAGAUAGCGAGGACAGUGCCGGGAGCCGGGCCUCAGAGCCCAACGGUGCCGACGGGCUGCUGCUGGCCGAACUAGGUCGGGCCCACGUGCCAGUCCCAGACGAGCAGGAGGACUCCUCUUCCUCCCUGGGCUCCGUCUCAGGCUCCAUCAAACGGGACGGAGGAGGGAGGGGCGGCGGAGGAGUGGGAACAGAGGCGACAGUAAACACCGACAGGCCUGUCUUUAAUUACCCCAGCCACAAGAAGGGAGGAAAUGUAGCGUCCUUCCCCUGCCACGAGGUGACAGACUCAGAUCUGCCGGCGCUCCCAUCCUGGGCCGGGCCCGACGGGGCUGUGUCUCUGUCUCCUCUCAGAUCAGAACCAGAUGAGGGGGACGGGAGACAGGCACGCAGCCCGGCGGGGGAGCUGCUGCUGGGGAAGGUCGGGGAGAGAGGAGGGGGAGAAAGGGUGGGUGUCAGGGAGGGGUUGCUGCUGGGUGCCCGAGGGAGGGGUGUCAUCGUCCAGGGCGUCACCAGUAACGGGGAGGACAAGGACACCUCCUACAGCCCCACAGGGGGGACUUCAGUCCACCAGGAUGGGGUGGAGGGCUCUGGAUACCCCUUGUUACGCCCCCUCCACCCACAUAGGGGGGCAGGCGAAGGGGCCGGGGACAUCACGCCCAGCCCCAUGGGGGCCGAGACAGGGGUAGCCCCACCCUGCUCUCCCAAACUGCAGGACUUCAAGUGCAACAUCUGUGGGUACGGUUACUAUGGGAAUGACCCCACGGACCUGGUCAAGCACUAUCGGAAGUACCAUCUGGGCCUGCACAACCGCACACGGCAGGACGCAGAGCUGGACACUAAGAUACUGGCCCUGCACAACAUGGUGGGCUUCUCCUCACAGAGCCAACACGCCAAAGACACUACACGGCCCCCGUCCUACACCGCCCUGACCGGGGCGCCACAGGACUCUACAGGGUCACCACGCAUGUUACUUAACGGCACCUAUGACGUACAGGUGACGCUGGGAGAUACCUUCAUCGGCAUCGGGAGGAAGACUCCGGACUGUCAGGGAAACACCAAGUACUUCCGCUGCAAGUUCUGUAACUUCACCUACAUGGGAAGCUCCUCAGUGGAGCUGGAGCAACACUUCCUGUCUGCCCACCCCAACAAGAUGAAAUCCCAGCCCCCGCCACUGCCGAACGACGACAAGCCCUCGGAAGGGAAGGGGAACUAUGUGACACGGGGUGGUGGCGUGGAGGGGGCGGAACCGGGAAAGUGGGAGAACCGGGUGGCGGUCCGUGCGGAGGACGACUCGGUGGCUGGCUACUCCGUCCCCAUCCAUGCCACAGACUCGCCGGGCUGGAUGGGGGCCGCCGGCGGGGCCACAGACUCGCCGGGCUGGAUGGGGUCCGACGGCAGGGCCACAGACUCACCUGGCUGGACGGUGGCCGACGGCGGGGCCACAGACUCACCUGGCUGGACGGGGGCCGACGGCGGCUCCACAGCGGUGGCCUAUUACUGGUGUAAGUACUGCAACUUCAGCUGUGAGUCGCCCAGCUCACAUCGCCUGCUGGAGCAUUAUGAGAGGAGACACAGACAACCUGGAGGAGGAAGAGGGGGGCCCAGGGAGGGCAGCCCAGCCAAGAGGGAGCGAAGGAGCAGCAAAUCCAGGGACGGAGAGAGAGACCCCCACAGCCGGAGGAAAGACAAGACAGGAACGAGUGGUUCGAUGGGCGCAACGGACCCGGAGACGGUGGUGACCAGCUACAACUGCCAGUUCUGUGACUUCCGCUACUCCAUGAACCACGGGCCUGAGGUUAUUGUGGUGGCGCCUCUGCUCCGCCACUACCAGCAGGCCCACAGCAUCCACAAAUGCACCAUCAAGCACUGCCCGUUCUGCCCGCGUGGCCUCUGCAGCCCUGAGAAGCACCUGGGGGAGAUCUCCUUCCCAUUUGCUUGCAGGAAGAGCGCAUGCUCCCACUGCGUCCUCCUUUUCCUCCAGCUGUCCCCCCAGGGUUGCUCCCCAACUCCCAGGCCCAGCGUCACCCACCUGUGUGACCAGUGUCCCUACGCCACCAGCGACAUCGACCUGCUUCUGCUGCACUACGACAGUGCCCAUGCCACCCACGGCGUGCUGGAGGUCAAGCCCGAGCAGGAGGGAGCUGAGACGGGGAGGUACUCGGCUCCGAAGGGCCCUCACGGGGAGCACUCAUGCACCAAGUGCCAUUUCAUCACAGAUGUGGAGGAGGAGAUCUUCCGUCACUACAGGAGAGUCCAUGGCUGUUGUCGGUGCCGCCACUGCAGCUUCACCGCCUCCGACACCUUGUCACUGCUGGAUCACUUCAACACGGCCCACUGCAAAGAGACCUCCGCCUCCUCCUCCCAUCCCUCCGCUUCCUUCGUCACCAUCAACGGCUGCUCCGCCACAACCCCCUCCACCCUCAGCAUCAAGGAGGAGAGCAAGGGCGACCUCAAGCUCUACAGUCUGGUUCCCCCAGAGAGCCGCGCCGCCGAGGCAGGGCCCGGGGCCGAAGGGGUGAAGAGCGAGGCCCUGGACGAGAAGGAGGCCCAGGGGUCCAAGGGCUGGAUGGAGGCCAGAGAGGCCCAGGUCCAAGCCCACGCAGCAGGCCUUGUGUGGGUGCCUAAGGAGCGGGCCAGGGACAUCCUGAGGGGUAGUCCGGCCCAGUUCCCCCAGGGCGCCCUGAGUCUACUCAACGCCGUGGCUGCCUCGCAGGAGCACCACCACCAGCAGCAGAAGGGGGUUUCAGUGGUGCUCAGGGACUCCCCAGGCCUGGUGUUCAGUCUGGGGGGGGUCGACACCAAGGCCUUCCUUCCAGGACAGACUCCCGGUGGGGCCGACAAACCUGGGCCUCUGGCGCAGCAGUACUCCUCACCCACCGAUGGCAAGGCCAAGGAGGAGUCCCAGUCACUCUUACGGAGACGUCGAGGCUCGGGGGUGUUCUGUGCCAACUGUCUCACCACUAAGACCUCUCUGUGGAGGAAGAAUGCCAACGGGGGAUAUGUGUGCAACGCCUGUGGCCUCUAUCAGAAGCUCCACUCGACUCCCCGGCCGCUGAACAUCAUCAAGCAGAACAACGGCGAGCAGAUCAUCCGCCGGCGCACGCGGAAGCGCCUCAACCCCGACCCUCUGCCCUCCGAACCUGUGGGCUCCAAGCAGCGGAGGGUCAGCAGCGAGGAACGCCUCAACCCCGACCCUCUGCCCUCCGAACCUGUGGGCUCCAAGCAGCGGAGGGUCAGCAGCGAGGAACGCCUCAAUGGCAGUCCCCUGGAGCGCCGGCCAGGAGAGGAUGGGCCAGGCUCGGAAGGAGUGCCCGUCCCUCAUAAAGGGGAGCCUCAGAAUUCCCUGGGCCAGUACGAGGCCUGCGGGUCCUCUGGGUUCAAGGGUCACCCCAGCCCCCGCUCCACCCACUCCUUCCUAGUUAGCCAAACCCUGGAGAUCCACAAGCGAAUGCCUCCUUUGCACAUACACAACAAGAACCCUGCAGAGGGAGGGGCGGAGGGGAACGGGGUGGGCUCGGCUGGGGUCCAUCACACCGGCUUGGAGGGGAAGGGUAGCUUGUCCUCCGAGAGGGGUAGCCCCAUCGAGAAGUACAUGCGUCCCUCCAAACAGGCCAGCUACUCGCCACCGGGCAGCCCCAUCGAGAAGUACCAGUACCCGUUCUUCAGCCUGCCCUUCAUCCACAAUGACCUGCAGAGCGAGUCCGACUGGAUGCGCUUCUGGACUAAGUACAAGAUGUCUGUUCCGGGCAACCCACAGUACCUAGGCCACAUGUCUGGUCUGCCCAACCCUUGCCAAAGCUUUGUGCCUUACCACACCUUUAGCCUGCCCUCACACUUCCCUCUCCCGCCCUCCACCGGCCCCGAAAGCGACAUCCCUCUCGACCUGGCCAUCAAACAUUCCAAACCGUCCGCCAACAGCUCCACCGCCUUGCCCACGGUCACGGCGGGGAAGGAGGAUGAGAAGCAUAGAGAGCAGCAGGAGAGAAGAGAGGAGAAAGUAGACGAGGGGGCAUCCCCCCAGCCUUCUCCUCCCCCAGACGUUGCAGCCACGCCGGAGAGGGUGGACCAGGGCACUCAGGAUGAGCUGACCAGUAAGGAGAGGGUGGACCAGGGCACUCAGGAUGAGCUGACCAGUAAGGAGAGGGUGGACCAGGGCACUCAGGAUGAGCUGACCAGUAAGGAGAGGGUGGACCAGGGCACUCAGGAUGAGCUGACCAGUAAGGAGAGGGUGGACCAGGGCACUCAGGAUGAGCUGACCAGUAAGGAGAGGGUGGACCAGGGCACUCAGGAUGAGCUGACCAGUAAGGAGAGGGUGGACCAGGGCACUCAGGAUGAGCUGACCAGUAAGGAGAGGGUGGACCAGGGCACUCAGAAUGAGCUGACCAGUAAGGAGAGGGUGGACCAGGGCACUCAGGAUGAGCUGACCAGUAAGGAAAGGGUGGACAAGGGCACUCAGGAUGAGCUGACCAGUAAGGAGAGGGUGGACCAGGCCACUCAGGACGAGCUGACCAGUAAGGAGAGGGUGGACCAGGGCACUCAGGAUGAGCUGACCAGUAAGUGUGUCCACUGUGGCAUCCUCUUCCUGGAUGAGGUUAUGUACGCCCUGCACAUGAGCUGCCAUGCUGACGGAGGGCCCUUCCAGUGCAGCAUCUGCCUGCAUGCCUGCGCAGACAAGUACGACUUCACCACACACAUACAGAGAGGGCUUCACCUGCCCACCAUCGAUGCUGAGGCCGAUGCUGGGGCCGAUGCUGAGGCUGAUGCUCCAAAGGAUUGUGUGUGAUUUUGGUGCAUUACAGACUUGGACCUUUAACACAGGCAUAGCAGUAUGAAAAAGAACAAAAUAAACGGACUAAAGCGUACUGUAUUGAUUGAAUGAGAAGAAGACGUUUUGCUCAACGUGCCAUGAUAGCUUCUGUAGGGAACUCAUAUCAUCUAAACAUUUAUAUUGGACAUAAUACAGAACAAACGAUUGGCUGUUUCCUUUUUCUUCUUUUGUAAAGGAAAACGCUUUUGAAGAAAGUGGUACUACAAAUAGACGCUUAUUUUUAGUUUUUUUUGUUGCUAGGGUUUUUUUGUUUAGUUAUUUUGACAAGGCAGUUCAGCGAACAACAAGGUACAUCUGCACGGGCUGAAUGUUCUCUUACCCGGUUGGUUCAAUGUUCCAAAUGGAAUGAGGAAGUGGGAAUUGAUAUGUAAAAUGGGGAGAUGGGGAAACAUCAGUCGUCUGUCAUAAUCUCCUUCACAGUGGAUGGGCAGAGCGAUGACUAGUGAUUGGACCGUCCUCAAAUAAACGUCCUCAGGGAACGUGGCUGAGUCAAACAACAUAUCCUACGGUGCUUUCAGUUGCAUCGGUCUCCACUUAACAUCCAACUAAGUGUCUAUGUUUUAAUGUAUUUUAGUUAUAGAUACUGUUUGUUCUGGGUUUUUU